GUUGGGUUAGGAUGCGAAAACCGAUGAGAUUUGGCGCGGGAGGCACCGCCUGCGUGAGGAAAUAAAUUGAUUAUUAAAAAAAAUAAAUUCGGUGUUUGUGGAGAGAGAAAGUAGAGAGAAACAGAGGCGUCGCAGCCUUGCAGGUUUUGCCCCCACUUUCUCAUUUUUUUCCUUCUCUCUGCUGUUGGCCAAUACCCAAACGCUUUUUCUUUCUCUCUCUUCAUCUCUCUCUCUCUCUCUCUCUCUCUCUCUCUCUCAUAAGCUCCUUUUCUGGAUCCAUUUUGUCUUUUUCUCUCUCCACUUUCUACCGCUAUAAGUUUCACCAAAGUCUAUCGAUUGAUUCUCCUCUUCUCAUAGCGCCAGCUCCUGGCUCUGCGUGUCUGAUUUUUAUUUAUUUAUUUUUGAAUCCUCCAUAGGAGGAGCUCUUCAGCUUGCUGAGGCGUUUUGAAGGGGAAGAGAUCAACGGAAGAUGAAUCACUGUGCGAUCCAGCAGCAAAACGCCUUUGCAGCUCGCGAAGAAAUGAACAGGAGCUCUGUUUCUCUCCCUCUCUCCGACCGUAGGGAUCCUGUGGUUUGCCCCAAGCCUCGCCGUCUUGGUCUCCUAAACGCCACCAUAAACGAUCAUAUGAGGCCUCUUAGAUGGCACUUGAGUCAUCAAGCAGAGGUAUGCGAUGCAAAAGCAGGAUCUGAUCUUUUGGACAUCAUCCUCACAAAGGGAGGGUAUAGUGCGGAUCAAACACCACAGGUAGCCUCGUCGCCCCCGUUUUUCAGUGGGUCACCGCCGAGCAGAGUAGCUAACCCAUUAAUUCAAGACGCGCGAUUUGGGGACGAAAAGAUCACCCCGGCGCCGUUUCCGCCGCCGAUGGCCUCCCCGUCGGGCCCGCCGUCGUCUCCGUCCUCCUCCUCGAGGAAAGGCGGAUGCGUCCGUGCCAACUUCGGGGACAAACCGGCUGUGAGAAUCGAGGGGUUCGAUUGCCUGGAUAGGGAUCGCCGGAAUUGCAGCAUCCCUGCCCUUGCUUAGGACCACCCCAACAACCCCAGUACAUAUCAACCAACAACCGCAACCAGACAAACGCAAACACCGAUAGCCGAAGAGGAAUUUUGAAAUUUCAGAGAGGAAUUUUGAAGAACUUUACCGUAGUGUAAAUAUGUUCAUAUGCGAUGAUGAAGAAGAUGAAGAUGAUGAUGAAGGGUCUGUAAGUAAAAAAUCAUGAGAGAUGUUGGCGGAAUAAGGGAUUCUUGGUUUUUUUUUUGUAAUGGUAGGCAUGUUUUUUUUUUUUUUUUUUUUAAAUUUUAAAUGAGAGGUUUGGUCAUGCCGACCGGGAAUCAAUCAGUCUCUGCUUCCUCGUGUCUUGUAAGUAUGGAAGGGAACUUUUCCAUUUUUGCUUUUGCUUUCUUUGUUUUCGCUUUUUGUGUUUUAGUUUUUGUUUUGGGUUCUGGGAAGCUUAGCUUCAAUGAGCGGCUUCUGAAGAGAAUAUUGUAAAGAUGAAGUUGGCAUUAUCUAUUUGGUAGUAGUAAUAUUUACACUGUAAAUACACUCGGGUGAUUCUUGUAA